AUGGCCACCACCGGCGCCCUGGGCAACUACUACGUGGACUCGCUCCUGCUGGGCGCGGACGCCGCCGACGAGCUGAGCGCCGGCCGCUACGCGCCGCCGGGGGCCCUGGGCCAGCCCCCGCGGCAGGCGGCCGCCGCGGCGCUGACCGAGCACCCCGACUUCAGCCCGUGCAGCUUCCAGUCCAAGGCGGCGGUGUUCGGCGCCUCGUGGAGCCCGGUGCACGCGGCGGGUGCCAGCGCGGUGCCUGCGGCCGUGUACCACCACCACCACCACCACCACCCCUACGUGCACCCCCAGGCGCCCGUGGCGGCGGCGGCACCGGACGGCAGGUACAUGCGCUCCUGGCUGGAGCCCACGCCCGGCGCGCUCUCCUUCGCGGGCUUGCCCUCCAGCCGGCCUUACGGCAUUAAACCUGAACCGCUGUCGGCCAGAAGGGGUGACUGUCCCACGCUUGACACUCACAAUUUGUCCCUGACUGACUAUACUUGUGGUUCUCCUCCAGUUGAUAGAGAAAAACAGCCCAGCGAAGGCGCCUUCUCCGAAAACAAUGCUGAGAAUGAGAGCGGCGGAGACAAGCCCCCCAUCGACCCCAAUAACCCGGCGGCCAACUGGCUGCACGCGCGCUCCACGCGGAAGAAGCGCUGCCCUUACACCAAGCACCAGACGCUGGAGCUGGAGAAGGAGUUCCUGUUCAACAUGUACCUCACCCGGGACCGCAGGUACGAGGUGGCGCGGCUGCUCAACCUCACCGAGAGGCAGGUCAAGAUCUGGUUCCAGAACCGCAGGAUGAAGAUGAAGAAGAUCAACAAGGACCGGGCGAAGGACGAGUGA